ACAUCGCCAGUGUUGUUGUUUUCGUCCCGGUAGCUUCUGGGGGGUGGGAUCGGUAGUAUUGCCGUUCUGUCUCUCUAUCUACCCGGGGCUGGCGUACUGGAAAGGACGAAAGGUGCAACGAAAAUUGUCUGGGGUUCUCUUAACAGUUUCCAUGGCUUUGUGCGGUGAUGGCGAUGGGGCCUCAUGCUUACCCAGCGAGCUGAUAGUGCACAUCUUUUCGUUCUUGCCGGUCCACGAUCGCCUUCUCGCCUCGGCAGUAUGUUUUCGUUGGAGGGAAUGUCUUUUUUAUCCGGCUCUCUGGCCCGAAUUGCAUCUUAGUCUGCGGGGCUUGUCUACUGAAAAGCCGCGCCUCGAGUUCCUUAUGAAGAAAUGUGGCUGGUUCGUUAGAGACUUACGAGUGGAGUUUGCAACUGAGACCUAUGUAAACGUUGUGGGCCCCGCAGGGGACUCUGAGGUCAGUGCUCAGCUUUCAGCUGGGUGUGUGGAAGUGCUGCACACAUCUUUGGAGCAAGUUCUCUGCGUACUGAGAAAUGUCAAGAAUAACAGAAACCUCCAGAAGUUGAGCCUUUUUGGGGACCGAAGCAUCUUGCAACAGUACCAGGAAUAUAUUGGAAAUGCAAACCUCAGCAAAGUGGAUCCAGGUGGCAAAAAAAUCAAGGAGAUACAACAACUCUUUGAAGAAAUUUUGACCAACUGCAGACAACUUAAGUGGCUGUCCUGUGGCUUUAUGUUGGAGAUUCCUACUCCAUCCUCUCUGUCAGCUUUAUCAAAUCCAGUUGCCAACUCUCUGGAACACUUGAGUUUGCUAGAUAGCCAUAGCAAUGUGGAUUGUACCUUUAUCACUGCAGCCGAACUGGAGCGUUUUGUCAACCUGCAGUCCCUUGCCUUAGAUUUUUCAGAGUUCACUGCUGAAAUGGCAAGAGUGUUGGCCAGUACCAACCGUGUGCCUUUACAUCGACUUUCUUUAAUGAUUCACAGUGCUUCCCUGUCUCUGAAGUCCUUAAACACCAUGCCACAGGAUGAGGAUUGGAAGGCCCUUGUAAGACACAGUGCAAAUCUACGGGUUUACAUGAUAGCUUUUGAUGUCAAGAGUGAUGAUAUGCUGACAGUUCUGAAACCAGGCAUACCACUAGAGAGGAUACAUUUUGAUAGCAGCAUCACUUCUGUUUCAGGGGCUGUGGUGGACCUAAUCUCUCGACAGUAUGACAAGUUCCUUACUCAUUUCAUUGUAAUGAAGGAUGCAAUUGAUAUGUUACACUUUCCCGAUCUCAGCAACAACAGAAAUGAAGACCCUCUGGUUUUACUAACAUGGAAGUGUACACGGCUGUCAGUUCUUGCAAUUCAUGGUUACACUGUAUGGGCUCAUAAUCUCAUUGCUAUUGCUCGUCUCCGUGGCUCUGAUCUUAAAGUGCUGGAGGUAACUGAAGAAAGCAUUGAUUUUGAUCCUGAAGAACUAGCUUAUCAGGAUGUUGAUCCAGUACACAAUCUCACUGAACAGGUGUCCCUUGGAUUAGGGCGAUCAUGGCAUGCAGUGAUGGAUAUUGAAUCACUUUGUGUUUUUACUGACCCAGCUCGUCACUUCUACCAGGAGAUGCAGAACUUUAGCAAAGGCAUUUAGCUUUGCUUUUUGUUUUCUUUUUUUUCAUUGACAAAUCCUGCGGUAAUAUAUGCAAUUUAGGGCCCUUUUUUUUUUUGUUAGUGUGAACUAACUUUACACGUGCUGUGUUUAACCAGUAUUAGCUAUAUAGAACUAUAUAUGUAUAUUCUACAGUAAUUAAGUGAAAGAAUGGUCAGGUAUUAAUUACAAGUUAUAUGGCAGAGCUUAGGGCUUUCACGAUUAAUGGACUAGUUGUCUAAAGCUUCUAAAGAUGCUGCUGAAAGAUGUGUUGAGAAACUGAUUGAGAUGCAGCUUCUACUUUUUUCAUCGCAUCUUCUGCUUGAAAUGAUUGUUAACAUGUCACACUAGCAAAUAGUUUAUUUUACAGUUGUCUUUUGGUUCAUUGACCUUUCAAGGAAUUUCAGAGUUUCAGAACCAUGUAUUGCCAAAAUAUUCCAGCAGCACAAAAUAACUUUUCAGCAUUAACUAUCCCAACUUGUAAAAUUGCUGUCCAGCAGAAAACUGUCUAAUUGUUUCUUAGAAUCUUCAUUCCAAGGAUUGCACAACUUGGUUAGUUGUAGCAGUUGUACUAUUUUACCUUUUUCCCUUUCCUUCUGUAAAAGCUAUAUUUUACUUUUCCUUGCUGUUAUUUAGUCCACCUGUCAGUUUUUAUUUAGAUAUUCUACUCUGAUUGGGUGAAGCUAGAUAAUAUUAGCUUUAAAUGUUGCAGUUAAUAGUUUACAUAUAGGUUUUCUACAGGACAUAUACACUAGUCGUGAAAUCCCUAGCUAAGAGUCGCUGAGUUUUCUAUUGUCAGCGCCUGUGUCAGCUGCCAAAGAAUCUGUUUAAAAUGAAGAAGUGCCCACAUGCUGGCAGAGGGCAGGCCAAUGGUUGGGUCAGCCGGAUAACUGCUAGAUUAUAAUAUAAAAGGUCGAAGUUCGACCUGUGGUACACAGCUGUGCUGUGGCUCAGUCAACAACCUCAGAACUCUUAAACAAAACAUGCACCUGUUUCACUGUGAAUAGUGAAUGUAAAAAUAGUAUAAAAAAUGUGUGUUCUAUUACAGGAUAAAAGCUGCUAUGUUGAGUGAAGAACAUUCCAUGAAGUUUGUUUUAAAAUCUUGUUAUAUCUGAGAGGCUUCAAAAGCCAAUUUAACUGUUUCAGGGCAACCGCGGGUACAGACGUGGUCUCUGUGAGACUUCCACCUGACCCCAGUUUUAAGUGGUACGAAUGUUGUGCAUUUGAUGUUACAGGACAGUCUGCAAUAAUAAUAAGUAAGUGGCCGACGUGGGUGCCCAGCGGUGCUGAGACCUGGCUGCUGUAUUAUGAACUUCGAGAAGAAAAAAAAAAAAACAAGAUUUAUGCAACAGAUGUCCAGAUACGAUUCUAUUUAUGGAAAAGUUUAUAUGUAUUGUUUUACAAGGGUUUUACCAUCUUAUAUAAAAGUAAUGAUCUUUUGACAGGUGUGCACUGCGUAUUCUUUGUCUCCAGUGAGCACAUACCAUGCGGAUUUUAUAUGUUCAUCAGUAGAGUGGAUCCACUGGCACAGUGUGUGAGCAUGCCAGAUGUGGUGAGGUUUUAUCUUAUGAAUGUGAUCAGAUUAUAAGAAUUGUAUGUUAAAAAAGUACAGAAAACCUGACAGAACAUGUAGGGAAUUCAGAUGGAUGUUUGAACUGAUGUUUGUUAUAUGGUUUAUGUUUAAUGUUUAUUCUUUUAAUCGAUAAAUAAAGCAAUUAAAAAGACA